CACCAAAGUUCAUCAUCGCACACUCCAAUCCCCUCACUUCGUCCUCUUCCACUCGGUGGGGUUUUUGAAUGGCCCAUAAGAAGGCCCCUCUUCCUGCUCUCUCGAUCCUGGUCUUCAGAUUCCCAAUCGUUCUACAUCUUCACAAUGGGAGCUCUUCGGUGGCUCUCCAUUGUUGCUGCUGCAUCACUGGCUUCGGCCCUGACCCCCGAGCAUUUAAUUAGUGCUCCACGGAGAGACGAAGUUAUUCCCAAUCCAGUGGGGGCUCUUGGUCUCUUCUCGGUCUCCCAGUACUCCUUCGAGUCUCAUGCUGGAAGCUCCUGGUGGAGUCUACUUGACUUAAAGUCCGGGGAGACUAGCACUCUCACGAACGACAGUAACGUCUCUGAAAUCAUCUGGCUUGGCACGGAUGAUUCCACUGUUCUCUACAUCAACAAUACCAACGCAGACAUCCCCGGCGGUGUCGAGCUGUGGAUAUCAGAUAUCACGGACUUCCAGAACGGAUAUAAGGCAGCCUCUCUACCAGCGAACUUUCUGGGCCUCAAGACGGCUGUCACGGACUCGGGUGACGUGAAGUUUAUCCUCCGCGGCAAGGCCUAUGGCAAUGGCACAGCCUAUAAUGAGAAGCUAGCGGAAAAGUUCUUGAGCUCCGCGCGGAUUUAUGACAGUCUCUACAUCCGUCACUGGAACACGUAUCUCUCCCCACCUUCACAUGCUGUAUUUUCGGGGACGUUGCGCGGUUCCAACGGCACGGGUCAUUAUGUUUCGUCCGGAGAUCUUACCAACCUAGUGUCUCCCAUCAAGAAUGCUGAAAGCCCUUACCCCCCCUUUGGAGGAAACUCUGACUAUGACCUCUCGCCUGACGGCAACUGGGUCGCUUUCAAGAGCAAGGCACCUGAGCUACCUCGUGCCAACCUUACGACUUCCUACAUUUAUCUUGUACCCCAUGACGGGUCAAAGAAAGCAGUCGCAAUUAAUGGGCCCGAGAGUGCCGUGACACCUGCAGGGGUCCAAGGGGAUUCAAGUAGUCCCGUCUUUUCUCCGAACAGUGACAGACUAGCAUACUUCCAGAUGAACAACAGACAAUAUGAAUCUGACAGACGCACUCUGUAUGUCUAUACCAUUGGUGCCAAUGAGUCUAUCGCUACGCUCGCCAAAAACUGGGACCGCUCUCCGGACACAGUGGCUUGGGUUGAUUCAGACAACCUAGUUGUCACAAGUGAAGAUCUUGGUCGAACUAGACUAUUCUCUAUCCCGGCAGAUGCAGGAGAUGACUUCAAGCCUAAGAAUUUCACUAAUGGCGGCUCUGUAGCGGCCUAUCAUGUCUUGCAGGAUUCGACCCUUUUGGUCACUGGGUCGGCCAUCUGGACUAGCUGGACUAUCUACACAGCGAGCCCUAACCAAGGAAUCAUCAAAACCCUGUUGUCGGCCAACGAAAUUGAUCCUGAGCUAGCUGGAUUGAGCCCUGCUGAUGUUGGUGAAUUCUACUAUCAAGGUAACUGGACUGAGAUCCAUUCAUGGAUUAUCUAUCCAGAGGGCUUCGACAAGAGCAAGAAAUAUCCUUUCGUUCUUUAUAUUCAUGGUGGGCCCCAAGGCUCAUGGGCUGAUUCCUGGAGCACACGCUGGAACCCCAAGGUCUUUGCAGACCAGGGUUACGUAGUCAUCGCUCCGAAUCCGACAGGCAGUACUGGGUUUGGUGAUGAACUCACUGAUGCCAUCGCAAACGACUGGGGAGGCGCCCCCUACGACGACCUCGUAAAAUUGUGGCAGUACGCCCACGACAACAUCGACUUCAUUGACACAGACCACGGUGUAGCCGCCGGCGCCAGCUACGGAGGCUUCAUGGUCAACUGGAUUCAGGGCUCGGAUCUCGGCCGCAAGCUCAAAGCGUUGGUCUCCCACGACGGGACCUUCGUCGCCGACGCGAAGAUCGCCACAGAUGAGCUAUGGUUCAUCGAGCAUGACUUUAACGGCACCUUCUGGGGCAACCGUGACAACUACCGUCGCUUCGACCCUUCGGCUCCCGAAAGGAUUCUUCAGUUCUCGACCCCGCAACUUGUUAUCCAUAGCGACAAGGACUACCGACUUCCCAUCGCCGAGGGAAUUGCGUUGUUCAAUGUCCUCCAGGAACGCGGCGUGCCGAGUCGGUUCUUGAACUUCCCAGAUGAGGAUCACUGGGUCACCAACCAGGAGAACAGCCUGGUUUGGCACCAGCAGGUCCUCGGGUGGCUGAACCGGUACUCUGGCGUGGAGGAAUCGAACCCUGACGCGGUCCGGUUGGAGGAUACGGUGGUUCCGGUUGUGGAUUUUGAUUCUUGAAAAAAUUCAUUAUCAGAGCACAUCAAUUGAAUUCCCAGGAAAACCCAUGAAUCAUGGGAAACUGUGUUUCUGGGUGCUCACAAGUGUAUAGAUUGAAAUUUCAAGGAUUGUUCGCUGUAAUACGUAGAUGAUAUGGCGAACGACUUCGAUACAA